AUGGAGCGUAAUAUCGACAUUUAUGCCGCGAAGCUUGCGGACCCUGCUAUAGAAUCCAAAUUCAAAACCAAUGUAGCAGUCGAACUGCGCGACUCGUUAGAGCAACUAUGUUCCCCGCCAAGCUAUGCCAUCUUCCUCACAAAGCUAUGGCCGGUUUUCAAGAAGAUAUUGAAGGGCGAGCCCGUGUUUGUCAGUAUGUCGUGGGAACAGAAACUCCGGAAUUGUAUUCUGGAAAUCAUACAUCGGCUGCCGUUGGACCUUCCGGAUGUCCAGCCCUAUGCGGGAGAUAUGGUCGACCUCUUGAUGGAGCUCGUUAGAGUUGAAAAUGAGGAAAACGCGGUUCUGUGCAUGAAAACAAUUAUGGACCUUGAGCGACGGCAGGUUGGCGCAACGCAGAGCAGAGUGCAACCAUUCCUUGAACUUAUACGGGAUAUGUUUGAAGGCAUGUCGCAGGUCGUGAAGGAUACCUUUGAUACUCCUGUUCAGGGUUCAACGCCAGGCAUGCUUCCCUCAACGCCCGGUGGUCCUCAGAAUUUCCAAUCGCCCCGACCCAGCUCACCCGCUACAUCUGUUUCGGACCUUGCUCCUGAUCAACAAGGAAACCAGCAGCUAUUGAGAGGCAUGCAAUCCUUUAAAGUUCUUUCCGAAUGUCCGAUCAUCGUGGUCUCUAUAUUCCAAGUACACCGUGCCUUGGCUCCUCAGCAUGUUAAGGUGUUUGUUCCUCUCAUAAAAGGCAUUUUGCUGCUCCAAGCGAAGCCACAGGAGAAAGCACAUGUCGAAGCUGCCGCGCAAGGAAGAAUAUUCACUGGCAUUUGCAAAGAGAUUAAAAACCGAGCGGCUUUCGGAGAAUUUAUUACCGCCCAGGUCAAAACAAUGAGCUUUUUAGCUUAUUUACUUCGGCAAUACUCCAGUCAUUUGCAAGACUUCCUCCCAUCUCUGCCGGGCGUGGUAGUAAGACUGCUUCAAGAUUGUCCCAGAGAGAAAUCAAGUGCUCGAAAGGAGUUGCUCGUUGCUAUUCGGCACAUCAUUAAUUUUAAUUAUCGCAAGAUCUUCUUAAUGAAAUUGGACGAGCUCCUUGAUGAGAGAACUUUGAUCGGUGACGGCCUUACGGUUUAUGAAGCUCAGCGACCUCUGGCAUACAGUAUGCUCGCAGAUCUAAUUCAUCACGUCAGGGAAUCGCUCAACCGUGAUCAAAUUCGUCGAACCCUUGCAGUUUACACGAAGAAUCUGCAUGAUGAUAUCCCCGGUACUAGUUUCCAGGCAAUGAGUGCAAAACUCUUGUUGAACAUGGCGGAAAGGAUAGCGAAAUUAGAAGAUAAGCGAGAGGCCCGAUACUUUUUAAUAGCAAUCCUCGACGCCAUUGGUGACAAGUUCGCUGCUAUGAACCGUGAGUUUAAGAACGCGAUUAAAGCAUCGAAGCAAGCGAAGGAAAAUCCAGACGGAAUAGAAAAUUAUCUAGGAGAUCAACAUCCGCCGGACUGGGAUGAAAUCGACAUCUUCACUGCUACACCCAUCAAAACAUCCAAUCCUCGAGAUAGGAAUGCGGACCCGGUAUCUGAUAACAAGUUUCUUUUCAGGACCCUGGUGAAUGGGCUCAAAAAUCUAUUUUAUCAACUUAGGACUUGCAACCCAGACAACGUAAAAGUUGACCCGUCUAACGUCCUCGUUAACUGGACGGAGAUAUCUUAUGGAUACAACGCUGAAGAGGUUCGGGUUAUCAAGAAGCUGUUUCAUGAAGGGGCCGCUGUAUUCAGAUAUUAUGGAGUUGACGAACCAGAACCCGAAUUGCAGUAUUCAUCACCACUGGAAUUUAUUACAAGCCAAUACAUGCAGCAAAUGAGCAAGGAGGAGAAAGAACUUCUAGAAAGCUUCGGGACGGUUUUCCAUUGUGUUGACCCUGCUACCUUCCACGAGGUUUUCCAUAGCGAAAUACCCUAUUUGCACGAUUUGAUGUUCGAGCACAGCGCACUUCUUCAUCUGCCGCAGUUUUUCCUUGCUAGUGAGGCUACCUCUCCAGCUUUUGCAGGGAUGGCAUUGCAGUACUUGAUGAGCCGCAUCCAUGAAGUCGGUUCUGCCGAUAUGAAAAAGUCGAGAAUCCUCCUACGAAUGUUCAAAUUAUCUUUCAUGGCCGUUACCCUAUUCUCUGCACAAAACGAGCAGGUCUUGCAUCCCCAUGUCACCAAGAUUGUGACCAAGUGCAUAGAGCUUUCUGUCACUGCUGAAGAGCCAAUGAAUUAUUUCCUUCUCCUUCGAUCGCUGUUUCGCAGCAUCGGUGGUGGACGGUUUGAGCUGCUCUACAAGGAACUUUUACCUCUUCUUGAAAUGCUACUCGAAACAUUCAACAACUUGCUACUCGGUGCUAGGAAGAUUCAGGAACGAGACUUAUAUGUGGAGCUUACGUUGACAGUCCCAGCUCGUCUCAGCCACUUGCUUCCGCACCUCAGUCAUCUUAUGCGACCGCUAGUUGUUGCCCUUCGUGCAGGUUCGGAUCUUGUUGGACAAGGUCUUAGAACCUUAGAGCUUUGCGUCGAUAAUCUUACAGCAGACUACCUCGAUCCCAUAAUGGCUCCGAUCAUGGAUGAACUUAUGACUGCACUCUGGGAUCACCUUCGGCCAAAUCCAUACAGCCAUUUCCAUGCACAUACUACCAUGAGAAUCCUGGGAAAGCUGGGCGGGAGGAACCGGAAGUUUCUAAACCACCCUCCGGACCUUACCUUCCAACAGUACGCCGACGACACACCCAGCAUGGACAUUAAGCUUAUCGGGUCAACCAAGGAUAGGGCGUUUCCUUUAGAUAUCGGCAUUGAUCUCGCUCUGGGAAAGUUGCUCAAGGUACCCAGAAGUCCUGCUGCGAAAGCAUCUGAUAGUUUCUACAAGCAGCAAGCGUACCGAAUGCUUAGUUCCCAACUCAAGCUAUACAUUGGAUUUGAGAACCUGCCAGAGGACUUUGCCGCCUAUCUGCGACUUCAAGCCAAUGAUAUUAUCGACGCCAAGUUUGCUGCCGGGAUUGACAUACUGGAGAAACCUGAACGUCAAUAUUCGAUUCCUAAGAAGUUAGUCCAAGAGGAAACUUUAAAGAAGCUUCUCAAGGCAUGCAUGUACGCCACAACUAUUCCAGAGUUGAAACAAAGUGCAUCACAGUUUCUUGCCGAUGUCUGUCGCCAUUUCACGAUUAUUGAAGUUGGGCGUGCUCUAACACAAGCACGACAUUCGCGCCGACCGUUUAACGUGAGCAUGGGAGAGGGACCUUUAUAUUUGGAUACGAGAGUACUCGCCGAUUCUGUGGUUGAAUGCUACUCAUCUGACAAUCCCGCGGUUCGUGACGCUGCUAAACAAGCUAUGUUCACAGUGCGUGAUACCGCCGUAAUCAUUUUUGGAUCGCCUGCAAAGAUUGGCAAACUUCCUUUUUUUCCGCACCUCGCUCGAUCAUUCUGCCAUGCUUGUCACGACGAAGAGUGGUUUAUGAAAGCAGGUGGAAGUCUUGGAAUUCAUCUCUUCGUCACCGAUCUCGACCUCGGUGAUCAAUGGCUAGUUGAGCGGCAAGCUGAAUUUGUUCGUGCUUUGAUGUAUGUUAUCAAGGAUACUCCAUCAGAUUUUCCGGCGAGCACUCGGACUCGAGCCCAGGAGGCGCUAGAUUUGGUCCUUCACAGAUGCACGAAAGGUUUAACGAAGGACGAAUUGAAAAAUGAUAAAAGCAGACUUUUUGGCCUCUGUGGAUUCCUUGUUCACGAGUUAUCUCACAUGAAUAAGCACGUCCGUGAGGCCGCACGGAACGCUUUCAAAACUAUUGGUCGUACAGUGAGUGCUGAAGUUCACGAGUUAUUGUAUCCAGUAAAGGAUCGCCUUCUUCUACCGAUAUUCAAUAAGCCAUUGCGAGCUCUUCCGUUCCCUACCCAGAUAGGGUUCAUUGAAGCGAUCACGUUUUGUCUUGGCCUACAUCGAGAUAUUGUGACGUUCAAUGACCAGCUCAACCGACUCUUAAUGGAAUCUCUGGCACUGGCCGAUGUUGACGACGAGUCGCUUGCUUCGAAGCCUCAUGAGAUCAAGACCGCAGAGCAAAUAGUCAACCUCCGUGUAUCCUGCCUCCAUUUGCUAUCUAUGGCCAUGAGUUUCCCCGACUUCGCUAGUGGGCCACAGAAUUCUAGUCGUGCUCGUAUAAUUGCAGUGUUCUUUAAGUCUCUUUACUCAAAAUCUCCGGAAAUUAUCGAGGCUGCUAACUCUGGCUUGCGGGAUGUGCUAACCCAAACAAAUAAGUUGGGGAAGGAUUUACUGCAGAAUGGAUUGCGUCCCAUAUUGAUGAACCUUCAAGAUCCGAAGCGACUGAGCGUGGCCGGACUGGAUGGUUUAGCACGGCUGCUUACUCUUCUCACCAAUUACUUCAAAAUUGAAAUUGGCGCACGGUUAAUGGAACACAUGAAGGUCAUCGCAGAUGAUGCGGUGCUCGAAAAAGUAUCGUUUGGCUUAAUUGAGCAAAGUCACCCAAUGAAGAUUGUGGCUGCUAUAUUCAAUAUCUUCCAUCUGCUUCCACCUGCGGCUACAUCCUUCAUGGAGAAUUUGGUGACCAGGGUCCUUUGGCUGGAAGACAAGCUCCGGAGGACUGCGAAUAGCCCUUUCAGAAAGCCGCUGAUUAAGUACUUGAAUAGAUACCCUAAAGAGAGUUGGGCAUUUUUUCAGGUUCGCUUCCAUGAUGAGCGAUUCGGCCGGUUCUUCGGCCAGAUACUGGCUGAGCCAGAAAGCUUACCCCUGAGAUCUGUUGUGGUGGCGGAUGCGAAUACGUUCAUGACGAUUGCCUUUGGGCAUACUGAGUCUCCUGCUCGAAACACCGCUGCUAUUAAUGGUAUCUAUGCGGUUCAUUCCAUAUGCAGCCACGAAUCAACUAGAGGAUGGCUGAACACCACCCCUGACUUAAAAAGACAUCUUUUGAAUGCUGGCAGAGACCUUGAGAGUAAGCUUAGAGGUGACAAGUUACCAGUGAAUGAACGCUUAAGAGUCGAGCAAGCGGAUGAUCAACUGUUGGAGAUUUUCACAGUUUAUCUCUCACAGAACCUUUACGACCUUGAUUUCCUUUUUGACCUCAUCGACAAGCUCUCUGCGGGAGAACUAAAAUCUACUCUUGCUAUGCCUAAGUUCCUCUAUGAACAUAUCAUCUCGAGCGAUUCGAUUGAUUAUCGGAAAUCAAUAAUAAUGCGGUGUCUGGAUUUGUACGGCCAGAGAAACUCAUCGCAAAAGCUGAAAACAUAUGCGUUCCGCAACUUGGUCAAUCCUAUUCUCGCAAUGGAUGUCCAAAGGACAUGGGGAAGCACUAACACCGGCCCUAAGUUAAUGGAUAAGAACAUGACAGAGUUGAUUCAUAACCGUCUCUGGAAGCCACAGUUAGGGGACAUCAGUGAUGAGUCCGGCCAAGCAGGUGUUGACCAUUCACGGAUGGCAUUGCUCCAACUGUCAGCUCUUCUUAUCAAGUACCAUCAUACUACGGUUCAAGAAUCCCGCAAGGAUAUCAUCAAAUUUGCCUGGAGUUAUAUUCGUUUGGAAGAUAUUAUCAACAAAUACGGUGCUUACGUUCUAAUCAGCUACUUCAUUGCUCACUACGAAACGCCUUCGAAAAUCGUCGUCCAGAUAUACGUUGCGUUACUGAGAGCCCACCAAAAUGAAGGGAAGGCACUCGUGACACAAGCACUAGAAAUCCUGGCACCAGUUCUUCCAAAACGAAUUAGUUCCGCUGGAGAUGCAAGGUAUCCACUCUGGGCAAGGUGGCCGCGCCGUAUCCUUGCUGAAGAGACUGCGAAUCUCCAGCAAGUUAUGAGCAUUCUCCAAUUUCUUGUCCGCCAGCCAGACUUAUUUUACGAGUCCCGCGAAUACUUUGUCCCCCUCAUUGUUCCAUCUUUGGUCAAGAUCGCUGGCCCGCCGAAUCCCUCCAAUGAAAGCAAAAAGCUUGCCCUCAACUUGAUCGGGUUGAUAUGGACUUGGGAAAAACGACGUGUUACAGAUCAGGUGUCUGGUUCUCCCAAUCCAAGAAAACGAAAAUUGGAAGAGACUCGGGCGUCCCCACCCGGACCUCCUGGACCGCUGGCCAUGCGAGAACGACCUGAUUAUAUGAUUCCUCUCGAUUUGAGAACGGCUCUUAUCAAAUAUCUCGUAACUUUCAUUUGCGGGCUCCCGGAGCGUUUUCCUGUCCCCGCGUCAAAGUUGCGUGAACGAAAUUCGGUAAAGCUACAACCGUUUGUUCUGUAUGGGGACAUGAUUAAGCGGGCUGUGCAGCUGUUGCGGGACCUACUUUCAACCGAAUUCUGGACUGAUCUUGACAUAGAUCUCUACCAGAAGGUGACCGAGCCGAUUCUUUCCGGGGAGAAGGUGGCGGAGAAGCCAGACGAGAAACAUAUAACAGGAAUGGUCAAUGCACUCCAAGUCCUAAGGGUUCUACUCGCGGCUAAACCAGACGAGUGGGUUGCUAGUCGUGUGUCAGCGGUACAGAUUCUGUUCGAGAAGUCGUUACGUAUGGAUAACCCGGAAAUUCAGGAUUGUUUACACGGGAUUGAGGAUGAAAUGGAUAUUUCGCCUAAACUUCCUCCACCAGUCAAGCGAGUUUUGGACUCUUUACCCCAAGAGCAACCAGCCGACGACGAAGCCAUGGAUGUUGAUGAUGCUCCGACCGAGUUUGCCACCUAUUUGUCCACCAUUGCAACAGAAUCCCUCUCGGCAAAUAAUUAUAUCUCAGCCAUCAACAUCCUUUGGACACUCUCCAAGAGCCGACCUGCAGAGAUGGAUCAGCACAUUCCACAUGUUAUGAAGGUCCUUUCUCAGAAACUCGCAAAAGACCAUGUUGCUGUUUAUGCAAGCAAUCAUGGCUCAGCUGCUGCUAGGAAUGGAAGUCAGGAACAAACGGCUCCUGACCAGCAAGAGUUUGAACUUGGUGUCGGUUUGAUUCUUAAAACUAUCGACUUGAUUGCCGUCCGUAUGUCACAUUUAGGCGAACAAAGACGGCCGUUCCUCAGUGUCUUAGCUCAACUCGUCGAAAGGUCACAUAAUAUCCGGUUAUGCUCCAAAGUGUUGGGGAUGGUUGAGUCCUGGAUCUUCCAUUCUACCGAAUCCUGGCCAACCUUGAAAGAGAAGACUGCAGUGCUACAUAAAAUGUUGCUAUUUGAAGCAAGGCCAGAUCAAACCAUGUCGAAAAAGUUCCUAGAGCUGGUGAUUCGCAUUUAUGAAGAUCCUAAGAUCACCCGAACAGAACUUACGGUUCGAUUGGAACACGCGUUCCUCAUUGGCACCAGGGCACAAGAUGUUGAGAUGCGUUCUCGCUUCAUGACUAUUUUCGAUCGAAGCUUGACCCGGUCCGCUAGCCGACGGCUCAGUUACGUUCUUACAUCGCAAAACUGGGAUACUCUUGCUGAUUCGUUUUGGCUGACUCAGGCUUCACAACUGGUUAUGGGCUCGAUUGACAUGACUACUCCGGCGAAAUUACAUCCGGAAGAUUUUACCUUACCUCCCGCUUCCUUUUUAUUCGGCCACUGCGAGAAAGACCCAUCGAAAGCCAACGUUGUAGUGGAUAACAAUUUGGAGUCCUUAAUCUCCGAACAUCGAACUUUCUAUUUGGAUAUUGCCGAUGUCAAAGCUCGUGACAUCCUUGAGCCAUUGUCCCAGUUACAGCACGCCAAUCCAAAGGUCGCCUACAAAGUUUGGGUCACUUUGUUUACGAUCUGUUGGUCUGCAUUAUCACGGGAGGAGCGAAUCGAUCUCGAGAAAGGGAUUGUGACACUUCUUACGAAGGAAUAUCAUCAGCGACAGCUUGAUGAUCGUCCAAAUGUUGUUCAGGCUUUGCUGGAAGGUGUCAUAAGGGCCAAACCACGCUUCAAAAUCCCUCCGCAUGUGCUCAAAUUCCUCAGCAGGACAUAUGAUGCAUGGUAUACAGCUGCUGUUGCUCUUGAGCAGUCAGCAAUCAGCCCAAUAAUCGACACCCCCACUGCCCGUGAAAGCAAUCUUGAUGCUCUUGUUGAAAUUUAUUCGGGGCUUCAGGAGGACGAUAUGUUUUACGGUACCUGGAGGAGACGGUGCAAAUUUGUUGAGACGAACUCCGCACUUUCUUAUGAACAACAGGGAAUGUGGGACAAGGCACAGCAGCUCUAUGAAUCUGCCCAAAUUAAGGCGCGAACUGGUGCAGUGCCAUUCUCACAGGGGGAGUAUUAUCUCUGGGAGGAUCACUGGGUGAUCUGCGCCCAGAAACUACAGCAGUGGGAGAUACUGGGAGACUUUGCAAAGCAUGAGAAUUUCAAUGACCUGCUGCUCGAAUCCAUUUGGAGAAGCCUUGACAGCUGGCAAGGUGACGCGAACCGCGAACAAAUUGAAACCCUGAUAAAGGGUGUAUCCGAUGCGCCAACACCACGUCGCACCUUUUUCCAGGCGUUUAUGUCGCUCCUGAAAUUUCACGCAAAGCAGGAAAAUCCUCAAGAAUUCCACAAUACAUGCGACGAGGCGAUUCAAUUAUCUAUUCGCAAAUGGCACCAACUUCCCAAACGUAUCACAAACGCCCAUAUUCCUAUCCUGCAGAUAUUCCAACAGCUUGUGGAGCUGCAUGAUGCGAGUGUCAUCUGUUCGAGCCUUAAUCAGACGAACGAGAGGAACCUGGAUACGAAAUCCGCCGAACUUAAGCUUCUGCUCGGAACUUGGCGCGAUCGACUCCCGAAUGUCUGGGAUGAUAUCAAUGCUUGGCAGGAUCUUGUCACCUGGCGACAACAUAUCUUCCAGCUAAUCAAUCAAACAUACCUUAGCCUCCUUCCACCCCAGACCAACAAUGUUGCGAGCAACUCCUACGCCUAUAGGGGCUAUCAUGAGACCGCCUGGAUCAUUAAUCGCUUUGCUCACGUCGCCCGAAAACAUCAGAUGCCUGAAGUGUGUAUUAACCAACUCAGCCGGAUUUACACCCUCCCAAAUAUUGAGAUUCAGGAGGCCUUUCUGAAAUUGAGGGAGCAAGCUAAGUGUCAUUACCAGAACCCUAAGGAACUUAACAGCGGUCUGGAUGUCAUUAACAAUACGAACCUUAACUAUUUCGGGGCUCAGCAAAAGGCGGAAUUCUUUACAUUGAAAGGCAUGUUUCUGGCUAAACUGAGUCAUGUAAACGAGGCGAACGAUGCAUUCGGCGUUGCUCUAUAUUACGAUUUGCGACUUCCUAAGGCGUGGGCUGAAUGGGGUCAAUAUAGCGAUCAGCGCUUCAAAGCCGACCCUUCGGAUAUGGAGCUGGGAAGCAAUGCGAUGAGUUGUUACCUGGAAGCUGCGGGACUCUAUAAAAGCCAUAAAUCGAGGAAGCUCCUCAGCCGCAUUUUGUGGCUGCUAAGUCAGGAUAACGACGAGGGGAAAAUUGCGACUGCGUUUGAAAAUUUCAAGGGUGAUACUCCUGUGUGGUACUGGAUUACGUUUAUCCCACAGCUACUCACCAGCCUUUCUCAUCGCGAAGCCCGGCUUUGUAAAGCGGUGUUAGGGAAGAUCGCUAAGUUGUACCCUCAAUCCCUAUUUUUCCUACUUCGAACUUGUCGUGAAGACCUACUAGGAAUCAAGAAGAGUCAGGAUCAGAAGCAGGAGAAAAUCAACCGGCUGAAACAGCAGCAGAGGUCGCCGCAAAUUAAGACUGAAAACAAACCCGGUUCUCAGAUGUCGGACACGGCUACAAAUCCUUCAGCUGGCGUUGGAUCUCCUAGGCCGCCACAAGCAAAUCCAAGCGCUCCUCAGAUGAGCAGCACACCUGAUGUCGCUCAAAAAGAGAAGCAACCCUGGGAAUAUGCGGAAGACAUCAUGGCGGGACUUAAGACGGCUUUCCCCUUGCUGGCAUUGUCGAUGGAGACAAUGGUUGAUCAAAUCCACAAAAACUUCAAAUGCCCGCCAGACGAGGAUGCUUAUCGUCUCAUCGUGGCGUUGCUUAAUGAUGGCCUUGCCUACGUUGGUCGCAUGCCCUCUUCGUAUGCGCAGGACUUCAAGCUUCCACAUUCUACUGAAGCCAAUAUUACACGAUUUGCGGAAACUAUUCUCCCUGCUCAUAUUCGAAAAUCAUUCGAGGCAGAUUUCGUUAUUAAGAAGCCGACUAUGUAUGAGUAUAUCCAUAAGCUUCGAAGAUGGCGCGACAAAUUUGAGGAAAAGCUCGACCGUCGCCCUCAAUUCCAGUUCCUCGAAGCGUACUCACCGCAUCUGAGCGAGUUCAAAUUUCAAAAGUUCGAUGAAGUCGAAGUUCCUGGCCAAUAUUUGGAACACAAGGAUAAAAAUCAGGAUUUUGUGAGAAUCGAUCGCUUCUUGCCGAAUGUGGAUCUGGUACGGGGAAUCGGAGUAUGCCACCGAAGACUAAAAAUACGCGGCCACGACGGCAGCCUUCACGCGUUUGCAGUUCAGCACCCAGCUGCUCGCCAUUGCAGACGUGAAGAAAGAAUGCUACAACUGUUCCGAAUCUUCAACUGCGUGCUUCGAAAACGAAAGGAGAGCCGUCGCCGGAAUAUCUAUUUCCAUCUUCCAUUAAUGGUUCCGCUUGCGCCUCAUAUCCGUCUUGUCCAGGAUGAUUCUUCGUACAUCUCCCUGCAAGGGAUCUAUGAGGACCAUUGUCGCCAGACCGGGAUGAACAAAGAUGAGCCAAUGCUCUAUACAAUGGAGAAAAUGCGUGCACUUGCAGAAAAUAAGAUAAAUGUGAGCCGACCUUUGCAUGGAAUCCGAGAAGUUACCAACUUUACUAACUUUCAACAGCGUGCUCCGGAUCACUCCGUCAUCCUACGAACAGAAAUUUUCUCCGCCAUUCAGCAGAAAUGGGUCCCCAACACGGUUCUUCUAGACUUUAUUCGACAAACAUACCCCCAGUACGCAGAUUUCUGGCUCUUCCGCCGACAGUUCUCCUAUCAGUAUGCUGCAAUCGCUUUCAUGACGUAUGUCAUGCACAUGGGGAACCGCUACCCAAGCAAGAUUCAUAUCUCUAGACGUACCGGCGAUAUCUGGAGUUCGGAGCUAAUCCCGGCCAUGAACAACGCGAAAGCUCUUUUUUACAACCCCGAACACGUUCCAUUUAGACUCACGCCCAACAUCCAGACCUUAAUGGGUCCAUUGGCCACGGAAGGAAUCUUUGCGUGCGCAAUCAUGGCGAUUGCCAGAUGUCUCACAGAACCGCGGCUUGAGUUAGAACAGCAACUGAGCAUUUUCGUCCGCGAUGAACUACUAAUCUGGGCCGCCGCUCAACAACGCGUUCUACCGCAAAUGAAAGACCUAGUGCAGAGCAAUAUUGAUUUCAUUGUCAACCGAGCUAUCAGUUUGGCCAGUCCUCCUGAGGGCAACCUUCCUGCCAACCAAUCCGCUAUCGACCUUAUUUCCAAGGCAGUUAACCCCCAGAGUUUGGCACAGUGCGAGGCUCUGUGGAUGCCAUACAUGUAAUCUGUCAAGUUUUCAUGUCUCUCCUUUUCUUUUUAUUCUUGCGUUUAUAGCUUCUGAUUUUUUUUUCGUAAUGUAUUAUCAGUUGUGGUUUGAUGAUUUCGCGCUCUAAGGGUCUACGUUUGAUGGACAUGACAUGAUAAGUUGACCAAGGGUGUACUUUAGCAUGGCGUUGUCGGAUAUGAAAAUGCCCUGGAUGAUCGUCCCUUCAGGCAACUGGUUGAACUGGUCAAACUGGUCAGGAUUUGCUGGGUUAUUCAUUUCAUUAUGUAUGGAAUUAUUCUAAAUUCCUAAUGUUAAAUUCUGAAUUCACAAUUUCAUUUCAUUAACUAUUG